AUGAAGCUGAAUUGCGCGAAGAAGUCUCGUCUUAGUGAAGGUGGUGUUGGCGUUGAUAAAAGUGGUGGUGGUGGUGGUGGUGGUGGUGGUGGUGGUGGUGGUGGUGGUGGUGGUGGU